AUCGGAAGUGCCCGGAGCAGAGGCGGGACCAGAACCUAGAGGGGCUCGGGAUUGCGGAAGUUUGGUGGGGAGGGUCCGAGUGCUACUGGAGAGUGUUGUCUGAAAACAAGUUCCGGAAGGGAGGGUGCUGCUCGUGCUCCGAGAACCACCGGCCUCCCCAGUUUGGGGGCUGUUACCCCGGGCGCGGUUCGACGUCGCUGCUGUUGGCUCUUCUCGCCCCUCGUUCCCCUUGGGAACCGCCUGGGAACUCCGCCAUGUCAUCCACUUCGCCCAACCUCCAGAAAGCGAUAGAUCUGGCUAGCAAAGCAUCGCAGGAAGACAAGGCUGGGAACUACGAAGAAGCCCUUCAGCUCUAUCAGCAUGCGGUGCAGUAUUUUCUUCAUGUCGUGAAAUAUGAAGCACAGGGUGAUAAAGCCAAGCAAAGUAUCAGGGCAAAGUGUACAGAAUAUCUUGAUAGAGCAGAAAAACUAAAGGAGUACCUGAAAAAUAAAGAGAAAAAAGCACAGAAGCCAGUGAAAGAAGGACAGCCGAGUCCAGCAGAUGAGAAGGGGAAUGACAGUGAUGGGGAAGGAGAAUCUGAUGAUCCUGAAAAAAAGAAACUACAGAAUCAACUUCAAGGUGCCAUUGUUAUAGAACGACCAAAUGUGAAAUGGAGUGACGUUGCUGGACUUGAAGGAGCCAAAGAAGCACUGAAAGAGGCUGUGAUACUGCCUAUUAAAUUUCCUCAUCUUUUUACAGGCAAGAGAACACCUUGGAGGGGAAUCCUAUUAUUUGGGCCGCCUGGAACAGGAAAGUCCUACUUAGCCAAAGCUGUAGCAACAGAAGCCAACAACUCAACAUUUUUUUCAAUAUCUUCCUCUGAUCUUGUUUCUAAGUGGCUAGGUGAAAGUGAAAAACUGGUUAAGAAUUUAUUCCAACUUGCCAGAGAGAACAAGCCCUCCAUUAUCUUCAUUGAUGAAAUUGAUUCUCUAUGUGGUUCAAGAAGUGAAAACGAAAGUGAAGCCGCACGUAGAAUUAAGACGGAGUUCCUAGUGCAAAUGCAAGGGGUUGGUGUAGACAAUGAUGGAAUUUUGGUUCUGGGAGCUACAAAUAUACCCUGGGUUCUGGAUUCUGCCAUUAGGCGAAGAUUUGAGAAACGAAUUUAUAUUCCUUUGCCGGAACCCCAUGCCCGAGCAGCAAUGUUUAAACUGCACCUGGGGACCACUCAGAACAGUCUCACGGAAGCAGACUUUCGGGAACUUGGGAAGAAAACAGAUGGUUAUUCAGGGGCAGAUAUAAGUAUCAUUGUACGUGAUGCACUUAUGCAGCCUGUUAGGAAAGUACAGUCAGCUACUCAUUUUAAAAAGGUUCGCGGACCUUCCCGAGCUGAUCCUAACCAUCUUGUAGAUGAUCUGCUAACACCUUGCUCUCCAGGUGACCCUGGUGCCAUUGAAAUGACAUGGAUGGAUGUCCCUGGAGAUAAACUUUUGGAGCCAGUUGUUUCCAUGUCGGAUAUGUUGCGGUCACUAUCUAACACAAAACCUACAGUCAAUGAACAUGACUUGUUGAAAUUAAAGAAGUUUACAGAAGAUUUUGGUCAAGAAGGCUAAACCAAAGACAAGGAAGAUGCUUACUCAUAUGUAUUCUUUCUUUCAUAGAUAUUUUUGUCUAUUUUGGAUCGCAUUGAUUGUUUCCAGUAAAACACUUUUACCACAGGGAAAUACACAUCUCACUUCAGAAUUCCAUUAGGUUUUAUAUUGUACUUUUCCUCCAUUACUUAUUAAAUACUUCUAUUAACAAAAUGUACAAAACAACAGGUUAUGAGGAAAUGAGCGAUAUAUGAAUGGCAAAAAAUAGAAAUUACCCAGUAGAAAGGAUGUCAGAAAUUGAUUGACAUACAAAUAUUUAAAAUUUUUAUGAAUAGUGGUCUUUGCAAAGAGCAUUUAUCUUUUUUUUUACUAAAAUGAUAUAGGGUUUAUUUUAUAUUUUCAAAAAAAUUGUUAAACAUUCUUAUCAAUGUAAAAUUUACGUUAUUAAAAAAUUACAAAUGAUAGAAUCUUUACUCUCAGGGAUGGGCAAUAAAACAGCAAAGAGCAUUGUGAUUGGGUUUGAAAGAUUUUGAAUUAUAGACAGUGCUCUUACUGGUUUUUAAUAAGUUGAUAUUUUUUUCUGUGUAGAUUUAAAUAAUUUCUUUAAAAUAAGUAAGCUUUGACUGGGCGUGGUGGCUCAUGCCUGUAAUCCCAGCACUUUGGGAGGCCAAGACGGGUGGAUCACCUGAGGCCAGGAGUUCAAGACAGCCUGACCAACAUGGUGAAAUGCUGUCUCUACUAAAAA